AUGGAAGACUCUGUCGAUCUAGAAAAGACCAGGAAUAAGCGACUUGCGAAACUUGAUGCCCAAAAGCCAGUUUCAUCGUCAGCGUCGCAGGAAGGUACUGCAUCGGCCGUCGAAGAUAACUCAAGAUCGACUGCCCCACCUGCUGAGGACUCCGAAGCACCGCGCUUUAAAAGACCGCACACCAAUAUAUCACAACAUUCUGAGAGAGGCAUGGAUACAUCUGGUGGUGGAUCUCCGGCGAUCCGAAUUACUAAAAGUGCGGCCCAACAAAGAGCAGAGGAAUCAUUGGAAGCAUUUGAAGACCGUACUCUUAGUGCUCUGUUUAAAGUUACGCUGGAUGAGAAGCAACAGAGAGAUAUCCAUGGUCAAAAACUAGUUUAUAUUCCGGGUGUCCGGCAAGAACUGGAAGAUCAAGGCCAGCCGAUUCGAAUGAACACAGGUGUUCUAGACCAAGCAUUACUGGAAGCGGGAUCAAGCGGGCAGAAACCUUUGGAGUACUUGCUUCCUUGUUGGAAAAGAGUAACAAGAUUAUACAAAGGGUUUAAGAAAUCUCAACCUAACGAUGCAAAGUACGAAGUAGUUACAGAAGCUCGGCGACUUUGCUUUAGUUACUGCAUCUUUGCUUUUACGAUGCCGGAGAUGUUUGGACUCGACACGCCCUUGUCCUCACCCCUCAAGCCUUAUCUCCUGCAAGAACCAGACUGUGACAUUGGUUUAUGCCAUGAUUUUAUGCUGGAAGCCAUACGGCGUGCCGAAGAGGAUGACACUAUUAUACCUGCAUUUAUUAGCGCUGUGGAGGAGAUGAGCCGCGAUAUUUCGUCUCUGUCCUUGAAUGACGACUAUAAACUUCAUAUGAUGGCGUUUCGCAACCUUGUUCGGUUUCCUACCCUAGCAUCUGCUAUCACGGAGUCUCCUAUGUUUAAUCUCGAUGUAGGAGCGGAUAAAUUCGAGACUGCUACUUUGCUGGGACCGUGGUUUAGAUUAUCUCCGCUGCAAAAACAAACGACUAUGACAUAUUUCUCGAGCCCGAAAACAAAAGAUCAAGCUGCCAUUAUUAGUGCCCAGCGUUCAAUGCGAAUGACUCAACAGCUACAUAGCUCGGAUCUAGUCGAUGUUAUCAAUCACCUUGUUAGAGCUUCUAAAAGUGCCAGAGAGCGCGUUCUGGAUUGGUUCGCGGCAUCAGUCAAUAUAAAUCAUAAACGAAGGGCCUUGCAAGUGAACCCAGAGGAAGUCUCUUCAGAUGGAUUCAUGUUCAACAUCACAACUUGUCUUGAUCAGUUAUGCGAGCCAUUCAUGGAUGCAGCAUUUACGAAGAUUGAUAGAAUUGAUUCUAACUACCUGAAAAGAAAUCCACGUGUAAAUAUAAAAGAUGAAACUAAGAUGAACGCCGAUCAAAAAGCUUCCGACGAGUUCUAUUCUCAAACUAUGGAAGGGGAGUCUAACUUUAUCAGCGAGAUCUUUUUCCUAACUGUUGCUGCUCAUCAUUAUGGAAGCGAAUCCUUAACUUCAACGAUGGAGCAACUGGAGAAGGAUUUGCGGCAUAUGCAGACGCAAAUUGAUAAAUUCGAAAGAGAACGACCUAAGUGGUCCGCAAAUCCUGUACAGGCCAGAAUGUUUGAGGCAGCACUGAAGAAGUACAAGGAUAGAGUCGAUCUGGGUCUUGCGCUAAAGUAUAGCUUUCAGGCUGUAUUGUUGGAUGACCUUUGGCAAGCUAGGUCAAUGCAGUUCAUGAGAUAUGUGAUAGUUUGGAUGUUAAGAUUGGUUUCUGGUCGCAACUUUCCAAAAGAGCCCCUGGAACUACCAUUGCCUGUGGCGGAGCCUGACGUUUUUAAAUGCCUUCCGGAAUACUUUCUGGACGAUGUCGUGAGCAACUUCAAAUUCAUCAUAUGGAACAUGCCCCAUAUCGUUACCUCGACUCAAGGAGAUGAGCUGAUAAUGCUCUGCAUUACUUUCCUGCAAAGUUCCGAGUACAUCAAGAACCCUUAUCUCAAGGCCGGACUAAUCACUAUCUUGUUCUGUGGAACGUGGAAUCGACCUCAUGGGGGAAGAGGGGUUUUAGUCGACCUUCUCAAUUCUAUUCCAUUUGCUAACAAAUACCUUCUUCAUGCCCUGUUGAAAUUCUACAUUGAAGCCGAAUUCACAGGAACCCACACUCAAUUUUUCGAUAAAUUCAAUAUUCGCUUGGAAAUUUUCCAGAUUAUUAAAUGCAUUUGGCCGAACGCGAUUUAUCGAGAUCAAUUAUCCAACGAAGCCAAAAAGAACUCCGAGUUUUUUAUUCAGUUUGUAAACCUUUUACUGAACGACGUCACAUUUGUGCUCGAUGAGUCGUUCACGGCGUUUUUGGCAAUUCAUGAUACUCAGGUCGAGUUACGAGAAAAUGGUGCUUCGAUGGAUGAGAACACUCGGCAAGAAAAAGAAGAGCAGCUCUCAGCCGCUCAGGGACGAGCGAAAAGCUAUAUGCAACUAACUAAUGAAACCGUGACGAUGCUGAAGCUAUUUACAGAAGCAUUGGCGGAUUCUUUUACCAUGCCGGAAAUUGUUCAACGACUGGCUGAUAUGUUAAACUACAACCUAGAUGCCAUGGUUGGGCCAAAGAGUGCAAGUUUACGCGUGGACAACCUGGCAUCGUACCAUUUUAACCCUAGGUCGUUAUUGAGCGAGAUUGUCGAUGUCUAUUUAAAUCUAAUGGCGAAGGAUAAUUUUAUUCUAGCAGUAGCACGGGAUGGAAGGUCUUACAAACCAGCUAACUUAGACACGGCAGCGGAUAUUCUCAAAAAAUGGGCACUGAAACCUCAAGAUGACCUUAUGAAAUGGGGGAAGCUGAAAACUAAAGUUAAGGAGGCCAAAGAUGCAGAUGACCAAGCCGAAGAAGAUUUAGGAGAAAUCCCCGAUGAGUUCCUCGAUCCAUUGAUGUUUACUCUUAUGGAAGACCCUGUCCAACUCCCGAGCUCGAAAAUCUCCAUCGACCGCUCGACUAUUAGGUCACACCUUCUCAGCGACCCGAAUGAUCCAUUCAACCGAGCUCCCCUUAAGAUUGAAGAUGUUAUACCCGACACUGACUUGAAGGCUAAAAUUGAAGCGUUUAAAACGGAAAAAAAGGCUGCAAAACUGGCGAGUUUGAAAGACACCACAGAGAAUAUAGAUGCGAUGGAUACCAGUUCUGGAUAA